AUGAAUCCUUGUGUUUUUAUAAUUUUCUCACUUCUCUUGCUACUCCUUGUGACUGCAACUACCAGCCAAUUGGUAGCAGUGGGAGAAGGAAGAUAUGAUAGAAAUCGUGUUAAUAUGAAAAAGUGUUUGGAUAAUGAGAGACUUGCUCUCCUUCUUUUCAAAGCUCCCCUUCAUGACCCCUCUGAUACUCUCUCUACAUGGAGAUCUGACCAACAUGACUGCUGUAAAUGGAGUGGAGUCAAGUGCAACAACCAAACUGGUCAUGUCACAAAGCUUGAACUCAACAACUUCUUUUCACAGGGUGGUCUUGGAGGUGAGAUUAGCCAUUCCUUGCUUAACUUAACCUACUUGAAUCUUCUUGAUCUUUCUGACAAUUCUUUUCAUGGAAUCAUUCCCACUUUCAUUGGUUCUUUGACUCGAUUAAGGUACCUUUCCCUUUCCUACAAUUCUUUUCAUGGAGCUAUUCCCAGGUCCAUUGGUUACUUGACCCAGUUAAGGUCUUUUUCUCUUUCCAGUAACUCUCUUUAUGGAACCAUUCCUUCACAGUUUGGAAACCUCACCAACUUGCAAUACCUUUAUCUUGAUUCUGCUGGAAGUUGUAGAGUUGAAAACAUGGAGUGGUUGUCUCAUCUCUCUCAUUUGGAGGAUCUGAGAAUGGAUGGGAUUUCCCUUGCGAAUGCAAAUAAUUGGGUAGGUGUAAUUUCGAGUCUCCCAAAACUGUUGAGUUUAAGUUUAGAGAGAUGUGAGCUGUCAGAGGUCAUGUAUCCAUAUUCUUCUUUCCUCAACUCUUCUUCAUCUAUUGAAUAUCUUUUUCUUACAAACAACAAUCUGAACUCAUCCAUGUAUCGCUGGUUGCUUCCAUUAACCAGCAAUAAGCUUAGUUCUCUUCUUCUCUCUGGAAACAUGUUAGAUGGGAUACCCAAAUACCUUGGGAACCUCUGUAGUUUGGAACGUUUGUACUUCUUUAACAACUCUGCUGUUGUCAGAUUUCCUGAUUUUCUCAACAACUUGUCUGGAUGCACGUCCUUUACAUUACAAAUGUUGAUUGCUCGAGGUAGCCAAUUUACAGGGUCACUGUCCGAUGAGAUCCAGAAGUUUGCAUCCCUAGAAUCUCUGUACCUAUCUGAUAAUCACUUAAAUGGAAGUAUAAGUCAGAAACUGUGGGAACUACCCAGGCUUCAAACUCUUGACAUUUCCUUUAAUAAUCUUACAGUUCCUUCCACAUAUCAUUUGUCAAAAAUCUCUUAUGUACAGUCUAUCCUGAUGAGGUCUUGCAAGGUAGGGCCUCACUUCCCUAAAUGGAUUCAGACAGUCAAAAAUCUUACCUUUCUUGAUCUUUCCAAUACUGGAAUUUCAGACACAACUCCUCUCGAGUUUUGGGCCACAUGGCCUUCUCAAUUAGAAUAUCUGAAUCUCUCUUCCAACAACAUUAGCGGGAAAGUACCAGAUUUAUUAUCAAAUUUUGCCAACCUUUCUGUGAUAGAUUUGAGUUCCAACAGCUUUCAUGGCCCAAUACCGGAUGUUGCUUCCACUUUGGCAUCAUUAGAUCUUUCCAGAAACAAGUUUUCUGGGGGAGUCUCGUUUAUAUGCCAAAUUGUUGGUGGGUUCUUGUCAUUUCUUGACCUCUCUCAUAACUCAUUAACUGGACAACUCCCCGACUGUUUGUGGCAUUUCAAACAACUAAAAAUUGUUAAUCUGGGGCACAACAAUCUCUUUGGAAGGCUUCCUCCCUCUGUUGAAUAUCUGAUCAAUCUCAAGACAGCUAGAUUCAGAUCAGAAGAAGAUGAAAAGUUGUUUGAGAUUGAAGAUGUUAAGAUGGAUGAAGAUGAUGGUCAAACUUCAGUUGACCAAAAAGAUGGCAAACAAUCACAAAGAAUGUUGUUUGUUGGUAGACCAUCGCGGAGGGCUGCUGAAAAGGUCAGGUCAUAUAAGGAAACUCCUCUCAAUAUCAAAAUGAGGAGACCAGAGUAA